GGGGUAGAUGAAGUUUCACCGAGUUCACAAGUUCGAACUCCGACUGUAGGUGGCGUCCAUUGCACUUUUCGAGUAGGAGGUCGGAAAACUACGACAUCCGAGUUGUCAUGAACGCAGCAUUAAGCUGACCAACGUGUCUGACGUCACUGAAGCUAACUGUUAGCAUCUUAGCCCCAUCCUGCUGCUCUGACUCACAGUUAGCUCACGGCUAAGCUAACAUGCUAACAGCUCGGGGCUGAGCUAACAUGCUAACAGUGUUUAGCAGAGCCGCUGUUUCUUCCCCUGCGUCACUUCCGGCGCGCACACAGUUCGUGAAUGUGAAUAAACGAAUAAAAAACGCGGUUAAACGUGAAACGGGUGAAAAGGUUCGUUACCUUUCGAAGAGUCGAUCCGAACAGGGCGCAGCCAUGACACCAGGCCCCGCCCCCGGGAACCUGACACUCCUGUCAAUCAAGCGCAACACGCCUUCAGGGACGGUGGUAAAAACGAGCUUCAACUGAGAAAACCUCUGUUUACGGUUCUUUACUGUUCAUGAUUUAUACUUUUAUAAAUAUUUAUACUCAUUCUGGUUCUGCCUCUCAGUGACUGCUGUCCCAGCCUGAACCCUGAACCCUGAUACUAUGAGCCGAACGGUGUCAGGAGCCUCUGUGUCUGCUGUGCUCCACCCUGACCUCAUUGGCUCUUGUGCUUAGGGCCUGUUCUUGUGCUGCCAUGGUCUUUGAUAAGAGAUGCAUAUAUAUGUAUAUAUUAUAUAUAUAUAUACUAGAGGGGCCAGAUGAUCAUAUAUAUGUGAGUGUUUGUAUGUGUGUGUGUGUGUGUGUGCGCUUGUCUUUCUACAGGUAUGAGGCCAAUUUUGGUUCAAUACCAUCAUUGAGAGGACAUUUUGUCUGGUCCUCCCUGGGGACAAAGGGCUGUUUGAGGGUUAAGACUUGGUGUUAUGGUUAGAAUCCGGUUCAGGGUUAUGCAUUUAGUUGUGUAGGUUAAGGUUUGGGAAUGCAUUAUGUCAUUAACCUCACAACUAUGGAGAGACCCCUGUGUGUGCAGCAGCUGCGUGUGUUCCCACUGGAGCAGCUGACCUGUUGGCGAUAAGACUAGUCACCAGUAACCAGAGUAUAAGUACCAGCAGCAGCUCACUCAGCUCACGGGUGACACGUGGAAGCCGGGAGGACGAUGCUGCUGCUGCUGCUUGUGUUGGGCGUCGGGCUGAACUCAGCCUCAGCUGCAAAGCUGGGUGUGGUGCAGACGGAGGGGGGGCAGGUGGAGGGUAAGAGUCACAGGAUGGGUCUGUUCAGGUCUGUCGAAGUCUUUAAAGGAAUCCCCUUCGCUGACGUCCCUGGAACGUGGGAGAAACCGAAACCUCAUCCUGGAUGGAGCGGAAUCCUGAAGGCCACAAAGUAUCGGGAGCGCUGCCUUCAGGUGACGCUGCUGCAGACAAAAACCCGAGGCAGCGAGGACUGUCUCUACCUGAACAUCUUUGUUCCACAGGGACGAAAAUUGGCGACCAACCUCCCAGUGAUGGUCUACCUGUUUGGCGGGGCCUUCCUGUUGGGGGCCUCUAACGACGCUGCCAUCCUUGGAGACUCUCUUUAUGACGGGAAGCAGAUGGCAGACAGAGGCGGAGUCAUCGUCGUCAGCGUGAACUACAGAGUCGGGACGCUAGGGUUCCUCAGCACCGGAGACGCCCGACUGCCAGGUAACUACGGGCUGUGGGAUCAGCACGCUGCCAUCUCCUGGGUCCGCAGGAACAUCGAGGCGUUCGGAGGACAGCCCGACAACAUCACGAUCUUUGGCCAAUCAGCCGGAGGCGCCAGUGUCAACUUCCAGAUGCUGUCCCCCUACAAUAAAGCAUUAUUUCGCAGAGCCAUUUCCCAGUGUGGUGUGGCCCUCAGCCCCUGGGCCCUGCAGACCAACCCCAUGUCCCUCACCAGGAAGAUCGCCCGUAAGGUCGGCUGUCUGAGGAGCGAUGAGGACGAGAUGCUAACAUGUCUGAAGAUGAGCGACCCGGUUGGUCUCACCAUGGCGGGAAAAAUCGACGUGUUGCUCAUUCUCGGAAAAGGUGUGGUUAUGGAUCUCCUUGAACUGGCUCCGGUGGUUGAUGGUGAUUUCAUCCCUGAUGAACCGAGCCGUCUCUUCCAUCACGCUGCUCACUUUGAUUUCAUGGCCGGAGUUAACAGCAUGGACGGACACAUUUUCGCUGGAGUCGACGUUCCUUCGAUCAACAAAAAAAACGGAAACACCACAGUGGAGCACGUGAGGGGUCUCCUCGCAGGUCUCACAAAAGAAAAGGGGAGCGCCGCCGUUGCCUCGGCCUAUGAGGUUUACUCAUCACACUGGGGAUCGUUUCCAGAGCAGGAGGUGGUGAAGAAGACGGUGGCAGACAUUGAAACCGACUUCCUGUUCCUGGUCCCCACACAGAUCGCCCUCCAGCUGCAUGCCAACAACUCCAGUGGAGCUCGUACCUUCUCCUACAUGUUCAACAUGAAGACACGUAUCCCAGGAUUCCCUCGCUGGGUGGGGGCGGAGCACGCAGAGGACUUGCAAUACCUGUUCGGUAAACCCUUCUCCACCCCACUGGUCUACUUCCCCCGACACCGGGAACUGGCCAAGUACAUGAUCGCAUACUGGACCAACUUCGCCAAGACUGGUGAUCCCAGUAGAGGCGACAGUAAAGUCCCAGCUGCAUGGCCCCCCCUCUCCAUACAACGCAGACCCUACCUGACAAUCGACCACCAGAUCAGCAAGUCCUCUGUCAGCUACGACCUGAGAUCAGACUACGUCACCUACUGGACUCAAACCUACAGCAGCCUGCCGUCCAACAAGAGAGAAGAAGAAGAGGGAAACUGACCUGACGUCAGAGUCUGAUUUGAAUCAUAAACUACUGGAAUUAUUUAUUAAUGUCUGAAUGAUAUGAAUUUAAUAAAAGUAGACAAAUAUCAAUAGUAAAUCAUCAGUGACAAAUCAAGGUGAAGAAAUGAAACACUGUUUUUCUCUGAAUAAAAGAAGCUGGACUCUG